AUGACCCCAACUGCCGACCUUUACGAUGCCCAUGAAGACAGUCUACAAGUGGCCACCCCUAUGUUUCAAAGCUAUGGAGCCAAAGACGCUUUUUUUGGGGAAAUAUUUACCAUCAAAUGCCAUGAAGACAAUUCACUGGUGGCCGAACAAGUAAAAGUUAAUGGCCAAGGCAAGGUAUUGGUGGUGGAUGGUGGCGGAUCGUUGCGUUGCGCACUAUUGGGCGAUAAUUUGGCCGAUUCGGCGGUAAAAAAUGGUUGGUCGGGGCUUAUCAUUUAUGGUUGCAUUCGCGAUAGCAAAGUAAUCAAUGGCUUUGAUUUGGGAGUAAAAGCGCUGAACACCAACCCCAAAAAAACCGUCAAACGCAAUACGGGCUUGCUCAAUGAACCCGUUCGAUUUGCCGAUGUAACAUUUACACCAGGUCAUUUUGUAUAUGCCGAUUCCGAUGGCAUCGUGGUUUCUCAAUUUGGCAUUGACCAA